AUGAAACUAUUCUUGCAGGAACAUGGUAAUGAUCUACACAAUAGAAGUGUAUUCUGGUGUAAGUUUCGAUAUUACGUUGUCUAUGUUCUGGCGUCAGCGUCAUCCAGUUAUAUAGUAUUGGCUACAAUUGAUCGUUAUGCAGUGUCAUUUUCAUUAAAUUCAAAAAUUCGACAAAUGUGUCAAAUGAAAGUUGCCCGUCGCCUUCUUUGUCUACCCUUUGUUAUAUGGUUAAUUGGCUAUUUUCAUAUGUUGAUUUGGUUUGAUCUCAUUGGCUAUGAUGAUGGAAAUGGUAACAUCAGUAUAUUUUGCAACACAGCUGAAGGUUUUUAUACAAUAUUUUAUUCUACCUUUGAAAUUGUCUGUAUUGGUAUUCUGCCAUCAUCAUUAAUGCUUAUAUUUGGACUUUUGACAAUCUAUAAUUUAAGACAGAGUCGUCAGAGAAUCGUUACAACUUCUCAGGCAGCAACCAGCCGCAUUUUAACAACAAGGCAAGUACAACGCGACUCACAACUAUUGAAAAUGCUGCUAAUUCAAGUUAUAUUCAGUAUUAUAUGUGAAUUAACAUCAAUGAUUGGCGAUUCCUAUGAUACCAUUGUAGCCUAUCUUCAAAGAACAGAUAGACAAGUUGCCAUUGAUUCACUGUUUACACAAAUAUGUCGAUAUUUUUUCUAUGCAAAUUAUUGUAAAAGUUUUUACUUGUUUACAAUGGCAAGUCCUUUAUUUCGGAAGACAUUCAAAAUGUUUGUUAUAAAAAAGUUAUUCCGAUACGAUUAUCUUGGUUCGAAAAUCGGCACGAGCAACGCAGCCAUUAAAGAUCGUCCACAGACACAAUUACCAGCAAUAAUCAAAGCAGCAUAUCAAAAUGAAAAAUGA